AUGAGGGCUAGGAGGGAAGCGAAGAAGAGGGCAAAGGCAAUGGGUCUUGGAGGUUCAGGUGGUUUAGUUAAUGGGGUGGUAUGUGAGGAUGAAUUAAGUGGUAUGAAGAGGACUUCGAAAAAGUGCGAAUGUCAGGCCCGUGUUUAUGCUAAAGUUAACGAAGAUGGCUUGUGGGAGUUGAAGAGCAUGGAACUAAAGCAUAAUCACGGGAUUGAUUCGACAAAUUCUAAGCUUGUGAAAGAGUACCACAUGAAGAAAAUGACCUCCGAAUUGAAGAAGAGGCUGGUAGAAUUCUAUGAGCAAGGUGUACUAAUUUCUCAAAUACACGGUUGCAUGGCGACCGAACGAAAGGGAACCAAAAUUUUUUUCCAUGCUCAACGCUUGGAUGCAAGAAGUAGGGUAGCUUAUGAGGACUUUGGUGAUGCGGUUUGCUUCGACGCAACAUACCUAACGAAUGAGUACGAGCUCCCAUUUGCGAACUUUGUUGGUGUGAACCACCAUGGGCAAUCGUUGUUGUUGGGAUGUGCUCUUAUUUCACAUGAAGACUGCGAUACGUUUGCGUGGAUAUUUCGACACUGGUUACCUUUCAUGAACAAUCGAGCUCCUAAAACCAUAUUGACCGACCAAACGGCAGCUAUGCGGAGGCCCCUUGCUGAAGUCAUGCCGAACACGGUGCAUCGUUGGUGCAUAUGGAAUAUCAUGAGCAAGAUCCCUGAGAAACUUGGCAAGUGUGCACGUUACCAAGAGUUCGUCAACCCCCUCAAAGAGCUGGUGUAUGAGAGCUUUGACCCCGAGGAGUUCCAAACCCGAUGGGCAGAGUUUAUUGCUGAGUAUAAGUUGGAGGACAAUGAAUGGCUACAGAGCCUACACAAAGAGAGUCGUAUGUGGGUGCCUGCGAUUUUGGAUGCAAACUUGGUUGAAGAUCUACCAGAGAAGUACAUACCCCGGAAGCACACUAGGGUGAAGGUGGCCUACCAUGAUCCGGGGGACAUGUUUAAUGUGAAGAGAUUCAACAAAAUGAUGCGAAUAUUCGAGUCUUUAUGUGAAACCGCUGCCAUGGUGGACGAUCAAACGGUCUAUAAGGUAAUUGAAACACUAUCGAAGCUUCAAUUAGCUGUUAAUGAGCGUAGGGAUAAGAAGAGUAAGGAAAUUGUUCCUGUAGCUGUAGUUAGUACAUUGUCAUCAGCCACUGAAGGCAGAACGUUUUCCAUUGUUAGGAAUCCUGCUCCUGAUGCUACUGCCGUAGACUCCUGUCCAGCUGCCAUGGACCUUGAGCAUGUAGGAAAUGGUGUUGAGGAGGAUGCUGGAAGUGGUGGUGAGGAGGAGGAUGCAGCAGCAAAUGGUGUUUAG